CCCACCUUACAACCAACAUGAGCACAUUCAACCAAAGUUCAAGCUACAAUCGUACCUUUGAACGUAAAGUUGUUGAGGAAACAGUCCCUCGACUACUCUCCUCCUCCCCUCUUCAUACAAUAAAAUCUACAAUGUCUGGAUUUGGAAGUCCCGGAGAUUUGGGUUUGGGAAGUACUUCUUUUGUUCAGCCUCACAAUUACCAAUUCGGAACAGCAACUUCCGGCUCCUUCCAAUCUUCUGACGAUUAUCUUUCUGUUAGCAUGGAUGUAAGCGCUUUUGCUCCAGAGGACUUGAAGGUGUCAAUUGUUGGAAAUCAAUUAGUUGUGGAAGGCAAACAUGGAGAAAAAUCAGACGCUCUUGGAAGCAUUGAGCGCCACUUCAUCCGCAAAUUUACAUUGCCAAGGAAUGCCCAUCCAGAUCUUGUCCAGAGCAAUUUGACGGCUGAUGGCCAUCUCACUGUAACAGCUAGUGCUCCAAAAAUUAAAGAAACCUCACCAGGCCGCACAAUUCCGAUCAAAAUUGUCAACACAAACACAACUGGAUCAUCAUUUGGACAACAACCAUCAACUUCACAGCAAAAUGGAACUUCUCCAGCUGCCCAAUGA